UGGCUGCUGUGCCCGCGGCUGGUUGGUUCGCUAGCAAUUGCGCUCCAAGCUAGAAGAAACAAACGCGAGUAGCGUGCUCGUUCGCGCGAGAAAGACAAAAGUAAAAUCGCGAUCGCGACGAAGACAAACGUGUUUCGUAGCCGAUGUACCUCGAGACGGGCAGACGAGAGAGAAAGACAAGAAAAAGAGACGAGCAACGAGGACAAAAGUAAAUAGCGAAGAAAAAGAAAAUGAACGUACGCGACGACAAGGUGGAAAAAGAACGCGGCCGUAGAAGCGGGACGACGAUACGAAGGAGUUGUUCGAGCAAGAAAGAAGCGACGAGAGCGCGAGAAGGAUACGCGAAUGAAAAAGGGGGGCACGGUGGUGCGGUGCCGGCUGCCUUCGGCGAGUCGACAGUUUGGCGUUCGGUGUUGCUAGGCGCGAGGGCCACUGUCAGUGCCAAGGCGGCAGCCGGCAACCUUCUCGCGGUCGCGAAUCAUUGCCACAUUUUUCUUGCUUUCGCGCGGUUCGCGUUCAGUCAUUCUCGUCGCUAUUUCUCGCGGCUCGUCCCGAUAUUUGCUCGACCGUUUUUUCGACGCGACCCAUGAUUCUCGUCGCGAUGCAUUUUCGAGACUGUUCCAACGGUGAACCUGACCGGCACCCAGCAGCCGGCUCGGCUUUCUCCGGCAGCACUGCGUCGUCGUGCUGUUGCGUCUGCGUGCGUGUAUGCGUGAAAACCCUCUGGAAGGACGGACACGCGAAUUCGGUAAAGUGAUGGACGAUGGGGACAUCUUCUGAACGAUCCGUUUCGACACGGGAAAUUGCACGCCGGCAGAAAACAUGGCUCGCCGAUAGUGACCAGAUGCGGGAAUUAAAAUCGAGAUGACUAACCGUGCUUCUUGGCUGACACUGAUGUCAUCGAUCAGCUGAGCAGACUCCAUUGCGAGUCCGAGUCCUUCAAGAUGGACCUGAUCCUCGACAUCAACAGCUGGUUGUACCCGAUGGAACUAGAGACAUCCGAAGGACGACCUUGGGUAAUGGACACUGGCGGAACGUGUUCCACCCAAGCGACCCGCUGUUGGCCUAGUGUGUGUCUAAGUACACUUCAAGGUGAUAAAUUUCGUUUGGUUCUUGCGACGACCUUGAGGGAGGACGGCUAUCCGGAUGGAGGGGAAUGGAACGCGACGGAACAGGAAGGUGGCUCCAGAGCAGACAGUUUCGAAUACGUGAUGUCCGGUAAAGUUUACCGAAUCGAAGGUGACGAAGCCAGCAACGAACCUAGCAGUAGACUAUCCGCUUACGUAUCCUUUGGAGGAUUGCUAAUGAGGCUACAGGGUGACGCAAACAACCUACACGGUUUCGAGAUAGAUCAGCAUAUGUACUUGCUCAUGAAGAAAUUAGCGUUUUAAGUGCGUCACACGUUACACAGUACAUCAACUUGCAGUACAUUUGAAAAAUACACUAUCGUUAUUGGACAUACAAGAAAUGGAAUGUAUAAUUGUAAGAUAAAAUUGAUAAAAUUGUUACAAAGUUUGUAACAGCGGUUAAUGAACACAUUAAAAAGAUAUCACUGUUAUAAACUUGUUUAAAAAAGAAAACGGUAGAUAAGUGUAAUCAGUAAUACUGUUUCCACACAAUUGACCAUCCAUUCAUAAAGGUUCUGACACUGCCACCACAGUAUUCAUGACAUACAAAAAUAAUAAAAAUAUUUUUCCAAGUAAA